ACCAGGAUUUGUCAUAGAGAGGCAUCACUUUUUCAAAGGAUGUAUGUUUGCCUUGGACCAAUCAAGCAAGGCUUUAAAGCCGGUUGUAGACCUUUCAUUUGCCUUGAUGGGUGUUUUUUAAAGGGCAUGUUUGGGGGACAGCUUUUGUGUGCGGUUGCAAUUGAUCCUAAUGAUUGUAUGUACCCUUUGGCAUUUGCAGUAGUUGAAUCUGAGUGGAAAGAUUCAUGGAGUUGGUUUUUAGACCAAUUAAUGGAUGACUUUGAUAUUAGACUUGUACCAGCUCUUGAAGAGAAGUUUCCAAACUCAGAACAUAGGUUUUGUGUAAGGCAUCUCUACAACAAUUUCAAAACAAAUCACAAGGGUACAACUUUGAAGGAAAUUUUAUGGAAAGCUGCAAGGUCCACAUAUGAGCAAGAGUUCAAGCAAGCAAUGUUUGAAAUGAGAUGUCGGUCACCAGAGGCAGCUGAUUGGUUAGCAGAAAGGCAUCCCAAACAUUGGUCAAGGGCUUAUUUCCAGACAUGGACCAACGUUGACAUGUUGGUCAACAACUUGAGUGAGUCCUUUAAUAGUUUUAUUUUGGAUGCAAGGGACAAACCUAUACUAACUCUAAUUGAAACAAUUCGAACCAAAUUGAUGAAGAGAAUAGCAAAGAGAAUAGAUGAGGCAAAGAAAUGGCCUGGACCUUUUUGCCCUAAAAUAAUGAAAAAAAUUGAAAAGUUGAAGGAACAUUCAGCCAAGUGUUUUCCAGAACCAGCUGGUGCAUCCAAGUUUCAAGUUGAGUGUCAUAGAAAUCAAUAUAUUGUGGAACUUCGAAGGAGGACAUGUACUUGUAGAAAAUGGGACCUUAGUGGCAUCCCUUGUAUGCAUGCAGUGGCUGCCAUCUUAUAUAAUAAUGAAAAUGUUUACGAUCAUGUUCACCCCUGCUAUAAAGUUGAAACCUUCAUCAACAUCUACAGCAACUUCAUCACUCCCAUUAGAGGUGCUCCCCAGUGGGAAAAAAGUGAUAUGCCACCUGUACAACCACCAGUUAUAAGAAGAGCAGCUGGAAGGCCAAAGAAAGCAAGGAGAAAAGCUGCAGAUGAAAUGGAAAAGCAAUCUGGAAAAAUGGGAAGGAAAGGGGUUAAAAUGAGAUGUACUUUAUGUGGCAACAUUGGCCAUAACAAGAGGAGUUGUAGACCUCAACCCAAGGACCAAAGGAAUCUCAAUGUUGGAUAUGAGCAACCUAAGAGGGGCAAGUUACCAGUUAAGAAGGCAGCUGUCAUAAAUGAAGCACUGGUUCCUAACUUAAGUGAUCAGAACAAUUCUCAGAGUCAAGUGACCACUAGAUGGUUUGCCAAUGGGUCUAGUCAAAUAGUGUAUAUGUCACCAAAUGCUGCUCCUAUCAUUGUUAAUCAUCCACCAACUCAAGCUUAUGCAACUUCAUUUGAAGCUCCUUCAAAUUUAUUUCAUUCUUAUGCUUCAUGCCAACCUUCAGAUGAUGCUUCAUCUCAGGCAAUUGAAAAACACACCUCCACAAGCCCAAAGCUCGAAGCUCCUGCCGUUUUCUCUCUUUAUUGUGUUAGGUUAGCUCACACCAUCCAUCGUCGGAGCUCAACCGAUUUGUAUAUUGCUCCCGGAGAUACUAGCGGAAGAGGAGCAUUAGGCGCCGGCGGCGCGUUGAGGAUUGCCGAAUACUCAAGAGUUCGAUAUUGUGCCUUCUCAAGCGAGGUACUUUUGUUGCGAAGAAUUUCAGAAACAAUUGAUAAGGGAUAGAAUAUUAAUUUAAUUUCUUGAAUUUCAAUCUUUUUCCUUCUGGUGUUGGAUCCGAUUGAUGAACAAGUAAUUCAAUAUGUACUUUGUGUUUGUUUCUGCCUUUAUGUUGAGUCUGUUGAUUGACUUGAUUCUUGAAUUGAGGUUGAUUUGCCUUGCGUAGAUUAGUUCGGAUGAUAAUAUUGUUGUUAUAUAGCUGUUGGUUUCUACUAGGGGAGAUUUUGGAAGAUGGAUAUUUCUGAGUUUUGUGCAAAGGAUUUGGUUUUUGAGGAUUCAGAGUUGUAAAAAAAAUUUGGAGGCCAAGGCCAAGUCAUGGGGAUUAAGGUUCUUGGUUCAUCAUGCCAUAACCGUCUCUGUUUGUGCAUAUAUUACAGGAAAGAGAAAGGGUUUUAGACAUUCUUGGCUCCUGAUACCUCUUAUCGUCAACCAAAAGUCUUGCAGGAAGAAAUGGAUCCUGGUCGCUAUGGUCUUCAGCAAGGAUGGGAUAAUAACAGCGUAAUUGCGGUUUUUCUCCUUUAUAAUCACCUCUAUGGGAUGAUAAUACAAGAAAUUUUUAGGGAUCUUGUCAUUGUCCAAUUUUUUUUGGGCAUCUCAUCCUUAAGAAAAAUGAUAGAGCCGUUGGCAGUGAGGAUAUGGACUGGAUUUUGCCUACCUCCUAACACGAUUGAAUUUGUUGCUGACAUUAGCUUAUCUCUUGAAUCCACAGGCUGUUGAGGGUUAUGGUGCUGUGCACGAGCCAAACUUGCGGUGAGUGCUGAGAGAUGCUAGUCACCAUCCCAAGUAUUAUUUAGUCCUCAAGGAUAAAAGGGUUUGAAAAUUGUGUGGCCUUUACUUUUCUGUUCACUUGUUAGUACAUGAGUUUGCAAACAAUUGUAUAACUAUGAGGAUUUUGAAUAUUUGUCUUGAUCCAAUAUUGCUGGUUAUGGUUAUU